AUGACGAUUUCCUACACACUAAAAGUGGCAGAUGCCCAGUUUGCUGGAUUCUCCAAGCUUCUCCUGCGUUGGAAAGGGAGUAUUUACAAACUGUUGUACAAGGAGCUCAUUGUGUUCAUCAGCUUGUACUCAGUUUUCAGUGUGAUGUACAGGUAUUUCCUGUCACCUGCACAGAAGAUUGUCUUCGAGAAGGUGGCUACCUAUUGUGAUAAGCAGACAAGUCUUAUCCCAAUGUCUUUUGUUUUAGGGUUUUAUGUGACACUUAUAAUCGGCCGUUGGUGGAACCAGUACACAAACAUCCCGCUUCCUGAUCGGCUGAUGUGUGUGGUGUCCAGCAAUGUUCAUGGCGCUGAUGAGAGAGGUCGGAUCCUGCGACGCACACUUAUCCGAUACGCCAACCUGUCCGCAGUGCUUAUCCUCCGCUCCAUUAGCACCAGGGUCCGAAAGAGAUUUCCCUCCAUCGAACAUGUCGUAGAAGCAGGUUUUAUGACCCAUGAAGAGCUGGAGAAAUUUGAAAGCCAUUACUCUGACUUUAAUAAGUAUUGGAUUCCGUGUGUGUGGUUCACGAAUCUGGCAGCUCAGGCAAGGAGUGAAGGACGGAUCCGUGACGAUGUUGCUCUCAGACUACUGAUGGAUGAAUUAAAUCUUCAUCGUGCAAAAUGCAGCCUGUUGUUUCACUAUGACUGGAUCAGCAUUCCUCUCGUGUAUACUCAGGUGGUCACUAUUGCUGUUUAUUCCUUUUUUGCUUGCUGUCUGAUUGGACGCCAAUUUCUUGAUCCAAGGCCUGGCCACGAAGACGAUAAGAUAGACAUCUAUGUUCCUGUCUUCACCUUACUGCAGUUCUUCUUUUAUGCAGGCUGGCUUAAGGUCGCAGAACAGAUCAUUAAUCCAUUUGGGGAAGAUGAUGAUGAUUUUGAAACAAACAAACUGAUAGACCGCAAUCUUCAGGUUUCCUUUCUUUCAGUGGAUGAUAUGUACCUGAAUCUUCCAGCUUUGGAGAAGGAUAAAUAUUGGAACAAUACUGCACCUCAACCUCCUUACACCACUGCCACAGCUAGCGAGAUACACAAACCAUCAUUUUUGGGAUCUACCUUCGAUAUGCACAUGAUCGACAGCCAGGUACAGCAAGAGUCAGAAAUGGAGCUCAAAGUUCACACCCCCUUAUUUAAUCGCUUCCUGAAUGUUGCUGCUUCACCGGCCAUUAGUCUUAGAAACUUUGGCUGGGGCAGUAAACAAAAUUCAUUACACAGCCACAUGGAAGGCAGCUCUUCAAAUUGCCAGCUCAAUGAAGCUGAUCUGGUCAUACGUAUGAAGGAUGAGGAGUAUGAAAGAGGGGAUCAAGACAGACCCACUGAACCCAGUCUUGGUUCCCUACUGAAGAGCUCAGAUGAUCAAAAUUAGUGUGACAGCCCUCUGUGCUGUAGACAACCGUAUGGAAAAAAAAUGAAAGAAUGUCAUCUGCUUUUCUGCUUGCAAAAUGUAUGAACAAUGAAUUUUCCAGUUUCAGGUAACUCACCCCAUGUUCUCCCACAGUCAUCUUUCCACAUAAUUAUCUUGUCCUUUUUUCAUCUUUCCCAUCCCCUUCAAUCUGCCCAUGAUUCCUGCCCCAUCAGGUUCCAUUGAUCAUCUAUCAGUCUAAUUCCAACAAGUGCAAGUCAUUUAAAUGUAAAAUAUAAGUUAAAAAAACAUGUGUCAGAGGUUAUGG